AUGGUGCCAGCGGAGUUAGAAUUGAUUAAGUAUCUCGGAAAGGGUUCGUUCGGUUCAGUGAGUCUCUUCAAGUAUUCGAAACCACACUCGACGCUGUACACUGCGGUGAAGAUUUCCAACUACAAAAACGCCGAGUCCCUUGUUAAAGAGUUUCAAAUCCUGUCCCAGUUCAAGGGUUGUCCGAGAAUUGUCCAGUGCUAUGAAAACAGAUUGAUAGAGAGCUUGAACGUUGAGGGUAACAUAGAGUAUAUGAUGCUAAUGGAGUAUGCAUCUGGAGGAAGCUUGAGGACUUUCAUGAACCGAUCCAAAGACAAGAAAUUGCCUGAUCCUUUGAUCAAAGAGUUUACUCGUAUGAUUCUCGAAGGCUUAGCCACCAUUCACGGCCACGGCUAUGUUCACUGUGAUCUCAAACCCGAAAACAUUCUUGUUUUUCCGAAGUGUGUCUACAAGAAGGGCGCGUGGAGGUCGUCUUAUGAGUUGAAGAUUUCUGAUUUAGGGUUGUCGAAAAAAGAUGGAGACAUGAAGUGGUGGCAUCCUUGUCGUCCGUAUGCGGGAACGGCCAUCUACAUGUCGCCGGAAUCGGUUUCUCGCGGAGAGACAGGGAGAGGACUUGAUUUAUGGUCGUUGGGAUGUGUAGUGUUGGAGAUGUACACUGGAAAGAAACCAUGGUGGCAUAGAAACUAUGACUUGGAAGAUCUCAAGAAGUGGUACGCGCCACUUAUUCCGAGUGAUCUUCCUUGCGAUGCAAAGCACUUUAUCAUGUCUUGCUUCACGUUGAAUAAUGAGGAGAGAAGAGAUGCGUUGACGUUGUUGAAGCAUAGCUUCUUGAGUGGGGAGGUUAACAAGAUCACAAAGUCUCAUGUGAAGAAUGAGAGUCCGAAGGAAGUUGCACUGACAUUGGGGACAGUUGUGAAGAGGCCAUCAAAAGUUACGUCUAUUUUCCAAAAAGCCGGAGAAUUGAUAAAGAUCAUCAAGAGGCAGCCAAGAACACCAAGAUCCAAUUUGCUUCCUGUUCACCAGCUUUGUUGUCCCUUGGCAGAACCAUCUCUAAAGUCUUGGUUUUUCAUUUAUGUUUUUCUCUGUGUUGAAAUAUGGUUUGUAUUGGGGAGAUUGAGAGAUGAUGAUGGAACAAAUACAAGUUCAGGAACUGAUGUGAGGAUUAAGUAA